AUGAGUCGCUAUGAAGCCUUAUUGAGUUCAGGCUACAAGAUCAAAAAUUACGAGGAUCAUGUCGUAUUUGAAGAACCAAUCGGCUAUUAUAUUCCGUUAUUUGUGGCGAGUGAUCGGAUCCGACCAGAGUUGAUCGUGGAGAAAUUACUACGCUAUAAGGAAGAAACAGCAACGAACCCCAACAUUCGGUUUGGUUCGAUUACCCAAACGAAUGAGGUGCUGACGAAGAAAUUAAGUGCAUUAGAAAAGAAGACUGAACAACUGCAGCUAACGAACCAACAAUCAGAUAACUUAGAUGUCUUUGGUCGUUAUUUUAUUCAAAGCUAUUACACGACUGACGUGAAACAAGAUGUCUACCAAAAAACAGUGGAGCCAUACUUCAGUAAAGGGAUAGAAGUCCCAAAUGUAGGGGAUGGCAAACGAAAGAAACAAAUCAAAAGUAUUCAAUUGUGGGCAAAAGAAUGGGACGGGACGACGUAUCAUUGUACGUAUUUGGUUCACUAUUCAGUGGACGAUGGAAGUCGCUCUGAAUUGAUUCAUUUUCAAGUCGGAGAAGAAGACGGAGCCUAUGGGGUUGUCUCGUACCCGUAUAUUGAACAAGUCAGUGAAUUUAAAACGACGGCUAUUCCCAAGAUUGCCCAACAAAAACCAGAUAAGGUUGAUCCAGCUAACGAAGAAACACAAAAAGCCAUCAAACAAUGGUUAAACGAGACAUUUUUUCCACGUUACAUGGAAUCAACGAAUCUAGAUGAUGUGUCGUAUAUGAUGACAACCCCUGUGCUUUUAGGAAAUCUUCAACUCUAUGAUGGCAUUGAUCAGCUUCAAGCGUAUCCUGCAAAAAGCGCAAUCGCAGCUUUCUUUGUUUACUUCCCGACUGAAGCAGUUGAGUUACUGAAGAGGUUUGGUGAUAUGCGUUUAGAGGAACGAUUUGCGGAACUGGAGAAAGACUUUGAUCCAGAGCUGCUUGACGUUGGUCGGACGUAUAACCAACGAACCAUGGAUAUUUUAGUCGAUGAAUUAGGCACAGUAACCGAAAAUACUUUCUUGAUUGGCGUCCGGAUCCCCACUGUUUUACUUGGAAGUGAAGCAACGGUUCGUCAAAUUUUUGCGCAGUCGAUGGGCACGGUCAGUCAUGCCGUUUUACAAUGGCUGGGUUACCGCAAGGCUAUUUCAGAUAGCGAGUACGAACUUUAUGCCCAAGCAGAAGAGGACGUGCGUACGUAUGUGAUGAAAAUUGGCGGAAAAUCGGUCUCAGAAGAAUUAUUGUAUUACAUGAACCGAUUCCAUUUUAUCCGCGGGUUAACGCAUACGUAUGAAGAAGAAGUGAACGAUCGAUCGAAAAAUAUUGCCGAACCCUUAUUAGAUACGGCAAGUGAACCAGGGUAUAUCCGGAUUAACGAUGAUUUAGGAGAGAGCUAUCUUACCUUUUUACCAAUCACUCGCACACCGGAUAGCUUAGAAGGAUUGGAAUUAUUUUGGUUAGCACAAGAAUUUUCAUUUCCUGUAGAAGUCCAGUCUAAAGCCAAAAAGCGAAACAAAACACUGGCCAUGAAUAAAAUCGGUAGUACCAAAAAGACCCUCAAACAAACGGAUCAAGUCUUGUAUAACAAUGACGAUACCGACGAGGACUUAUUGGAUGGGUUAGAGCAGUUGAAUGAUUUGAGCUUUGGUAUUCAAAACCGUAAUCACCCGCUAUACGACUGGAUGGCGUGUUAUGUGGUGACCGGAAAAACCAAGGAAGAGUGCGCCGAGUCCGUUAAACAAGUCAAGGAAACACUCAAAGAGAACGAUUGUCGAUGUAUACAGCCUCAAGGUGAUCAGCUAGCUUUGUUUUAUAAGUUUCUUCCUGGUCAGGCACUCAAUCCAGUGGAACCAAAAUGGCUUCAUUCGAGCACCCACAAAGGGUUAUCCGAGCUACAGUUCGGCUUGUCGCAAAAAUUAGGCACCAAUAUCGGCCCAUACAUUGGGCGUAUUUCUUUUACGGAUUCUUUUGACGUGAUGGAGGCCAUUCAAAGUAGCCGCUUUAUGGUGUUAAUCCAUGCGUUUCUAGCGAACGAAGGCGUAUCAGGGUCUUCUACCGAAAGUCCGCAUAUUUAUUUUUCAGGAGCGACUGGGCAAGGGAAAUCCUUCUUAAUGAAGCUCUUUGCCUUUUAUUUAAUGUUUUUAAAAGGCCAGGUUUUAAUGACCGAUCCGAAAACAGAAGUCAAGGAAUGGUUUGAACUAGCCCGACAGGAUCCGGCUGUGCAACAAUAUUAUCCGGAAUUCGAACGUCUCAUGGAACAGCUGACCUAUAUUACUUUAGAUCCGGAUGAUCCAGACAAUCAUGGUGUGUUAGAUCCACUGAAUUUCUUAGUCGGCAGUAAAGCCAACGAUGCCGUAUUGACCAUGAUGAACCAGCUCUUUCCAAAAGUACCAUUACCAGUAGAAAAUGAGAUGCGCCGUCAAUUAGGGGACUUAUUGAACUUGAAGAAAGAAGGCCACGUUGUUGGUCUGAAGAUGUUAGUAGACGGAUUGGUUCAACAUGAGGAUCCAGAAAUCAGCGAACAUGGGGAGAAUAUGCGUUUAACGAUUGAAGAUUCGAUCCUGCAGCUGGUCUUUUCAGAUGGCCGAGCGAAAGGACUGGAUGUGGAUAACAAGUUUACCGUUCUUCAGAUUCAAGGGCUAGAUCUACCUGAUCAAGACGAUGCACCAGAGGAUUGGACUGAGAGUGAUCGUAAAGCCGUCGCUAUUAUGGGACCACUAGCUCAUUUCUGUCAAUAUUUUGGCAUGCGAGAUAAGCACAAAAAUACCACCGUAAUCUUUGAUGAAGCAUGGACACUCACCAAGGCACGUGGCGGGAAGAAACUGGUCAAAGGCUUACGUCGUGUGGGUCGUUCCUUCAAAAAUCAGUUAUUACUGGUGUCUCAAAGUGUGAGUGAUGGGGCCAAUGAAGACGAUAUCGGAAACUUUGGGUUGUGUUUUGCCUUUGAUGAACCAGCCGAACGUCCGGCCAUUCUUGCCCAUAUGGGCUUAGAUCACACACCGGAGAAUAUCAGCUUAUUAGCGGGAUUAAAAAAAGGACAGUGUUUGUUUAAAGAUAUGUAUGAUCGCGUGGGUGUUUUGAGUGUGGAUUGUCUGUUUCCAGAAUGGGCGCUUGCGUUUAAAACGUCGAAUAAGAGCCAUUCGGCAGAAGUGGAAAGGAAGUACGACCAAUGA